CCGUACCUAGCCGCCAUUCAUUUUGCGACAAUUGCUUUUUUUUUCCGGAACCGACCCGACAUCCGACAAACCACCGCAAACCCCCCUCCCAGGCGGAUAGCUGCUAAUCGCAAAUGUGACGUGUAGGCAUGCAACCACCCGAAAGAGUAACUGCUCAUUGAUAUGUCCUCCCGAGUCCUGUACCUGGUUAUCCAAACCCCUCGUCUCGUCACCCCCGCACAAGCUACGACGGGGAUGUGAUCUGUCGCAAAGUCAGCCCCUCUGCCAAUCCCUCUACCGAGGCCGAUCUAGUCCAUUUUCUGCCGAUUCUGUUGCUUCUUCCAUCUUUUUUGUGCAUCCCACCUCUACGCAAUACGCGCCCUGCCGCAAGGAAAAUCAUGGUGCUACAUACGCGCUACUCCGCAACCGCCGAGUCGUGGCGUCUGCUCGACCUCGUCCUGGACUCGUUUGCUUCGGACCAGCUAUCGCUGCCGACCGCGGCGCGCCUGCGCGCCAAAAGCAACGUCGGCUUCUGCGCGUCGCGUGAUUUUCCAUAUUUUCCCAUUCCGUUCAAGGAGACCGAGACCACGGCGGUGCUCAAGGCCGUCGAGGCUGCAGUCGCUGCUGCGAUUUUGGACGCCAGAAAUGGCGUCGAUGUGGAGAGGCGCAUAACUAUCGAUCUGGAGCGGACGACUGCGUUUUUGUUCCAGGCAUAUCUGGCCACGGUUGGGGGUCUGGGGAAGCUGGAUCCAGAGGUAAAACACUUACUAAAAGAUACGGAUCUACUAAAAGCCCAGUCCGAUCCUUAUCGGCGCAUGAGCGCAAAUCUGUACGAGACAAAGCGCCCGGGGGAAUAUUACCACAUCCAUGGAUCCCUGGAGGCGUCAACUACGCUGGGAAUGAUCGGCCUGGAACCCUUCCGCCCCGACCUCCAGACGCAUGAGGAGAUUUCAAGCACAAUCGAGUCUGCCGUCAAACAAUUCACAAUCGAGGAGCUAGAGCAGAUGAAUGCAAAAAAUCGACAAGCAGGUGUGCCUGUACUCAAGCAUGAAGACUUUCUCAAAACGCCUCAUGGUCAAGUGAUGUCCAAAAGCGCCCCCUGGUCAGUAAUACCCCUCGAAGAAUCGACACCACCCUGCCCACUCCCCGCGGCAAAAGAUAACCGCCCUCUAUCCGGGAUCAAGGUCUUGGAGAUGUGCCGCAUAAUCGCCGGCCCGACGAUUGCGCGGAUCCUGGCCGAGUACGGCGCCACAGUGCUCAAGAUCACGAGCCCGAACCUGAGCGACGUGCCGUUCUUCCAAGUCGACGGCAACAUGGGCAAGCACGCCGCAGAUUUGGACCUCAAGACGCCCGCCGGCCGCACCGAGUUCGAGAAGCUGGUGGCAGACGUGGACAUUGUCGUGGAUGGCUACAGGCCUGGGGCUUUGGAAAAACUCGGCUACGGCCCUGAGGCUUUGAGCAGGUUGGCCAAGGAAAGGGGUAAGGGCGUCGUGUAUGUGAAUGAGAAUUGUUUUGGCUACGAGGGGGAGUGGGCUCACCGUCCGGGCUGGCAGCAGAUUGCUGAUUGUGUCACCGGAAUCGCCUGGGAGCAAGGCCGCUUCAUGGGGUUGUCGGAACCCGUCGUGCCCCCGUUCCCCAUCUCCGACUACGGCACCGGCUGCAUGGGCGCCAUCGCGGCGCUGGCGGGGCUCCUCAACCGCACCUCCCGCGGCGGCUCCUGGCACGGCCGCGCCUCGCUGGUGCAGUACGACAUGCUCCUCUUCCGCGCCGGCGCGUACCCCGACGACGUGGUGCGCAAGCUGCGGGAGGAGAGCGGCCGCUGGGCCGGCUUCGACGCGCUGCGGCACGACAACAGCGUCGACCAGAUCAGCGGCACAGCGCUGCGGGGCAUGCGCGAGCGGUUCCCGGAGCUUUUUGCCCGGCGCGACCUGACGGACUGCUGGUUUUCGGCCAGGUACGGCGCAGAGGUCAGGGCCGUCGCGCCGGUGGUGCAGAUCGAGGGCGCAGAGGUUUCCUUCUCCAGGGCGAGCCGGCCGAACGGCUCGGAUCCGGCGAAGUGGGAGUUUGGCGACCAUGGGGAUUAUCGGAAGGAGGCAUGACGGUGUGGCGGCGGUGGCGGGAUGGAUGUUGGAUCAUUUUCUCUUGUAAUACCCAGGUAAUUUUAGAGACAAUACGAGCAGCUAAUGAUCAGAAUGAGG